AUGAGGUUUUCCACACGUCAAAUGGCAAUGGUUCUGUCUCUUUCCUGUCUAGAGCGUCUAAGUGCUUUGAGCGGUCUCGCUCGAGUACGCAGGAAUGUCCUGUUGAUCGACUCGGGAGAGUAUCGCAAUGGACCAACGAGACACAUGCACGACGUCAUCGGCUUCGACGGAGUCACACCAGCGUACUACCGCUGGGCCGCUCGCCAGCAGAUCUCUAAAUACGAAACUGUAUCGGCGGUCAACGGCACAGUCACCAACAUCGAGCCGCUGAACAACAACACAGAGUUCAGCGUCGCAACGACUUUCCUCAACGGCACCGACGGCACCGUGAGCGCCAAGAAAAUCAUCCUCGCGACUGGCCUUCACGACCUCAUACCCGAUACCCCGGGCCUGCUGGAGAACUGGGGCAAGGGCAUCUUCUGGUGCCCGUGGUGCGACGGACACGAGCACGCAGACCAGUCCCUCGGCCUCCUAGGCCCGCUAGAGGACGCCCCGGGUUUAGUACGCGAGAUCUCGACGCUGAACUCGGACAUCAUCGCCUUCGUGAACGGCACCGACACACCAGAAGCGCGCGCCGCCACCGAGAAGAGCUUCCCGAACUGGGAGAAGUACCUACAGAUCCACAACGUAACGGUCGAGAACCGGACCAUCGCGCGCAUCAACCGCCUCCGCGACGGCGGCGAUCCGCCCGCGGACCCCAGUCUGCCGACAGCCCCCGAGUACGACUUAUUCAGCGUCGACUUCACGGAAGGCGAAUCCGUCGAGCGAGCCGCCUUCUUCACCAGCUUCCCCGACGAGCAGCGCUCCGACGUCGGCGAGAAGCUCGGCGUCACGCUGUACGGCGGCCGUCUCUCCGCCGACAACGCCAAGGGUCUGGCGACGAAUAUCCCCGGCGUAUACGCCAUCGGCGACGCCAACUCGGACAACGUGACGAACGUGCCGCACGCGCUUUUCACGGGAAAGCGAACUGCUGUCUACCUACAUGUGCAACUUGCCCGCGAGGAGGCCGACAAGGAACUAGCAGGGAACGGAACCGCGGUGGCUCGCCGCGAGGAAGAGCUCAACCUGCGGUCCGUCUGGGAACAGAUGAACCCCCGAGAUCUCCUUUACGCUGGAGAAUUCGACCAGUAA